CUCCAAAUGCCAACGGUCGACUGAACUUCUAGGGAGUCGAUCAUAACAGACCCCACCAAUUCCGGCGAUUCCUGCAUCCUCGGGUUUGGCACACCCAAACUUGUUACUUGACACAGCCUCGCUUCCACGAACUCAAUACCCACAUUUUGGCUAAUCUCUCAGCUGGAACCUGUUUCGCAAGUCCAGGACUAUUUAAUUAACGGCUGAGAAUCAUCAUUGCCCAUCAACAUUAUCCUGUCAUCAUUGCCACGACCCCAUGUCACUUUUAAAUUCCUCGAGUCAAAGCGCCCUUCGCAGCCAAUAUACAAUCAUUACAAUCAACAAUGUCGACUGCGAAUUCUAGAAAACCACUGUUCAAUUCCUCUACUACCCGCGACCCCAAUGAGAAUAUCCCCAGACGGCCGUCGGUUCCAAGUGCUACGGGUCAAGGUCUUGCACGCUCUCCCUCCGUCAGACAGACGAGACCGCUCCGCAAACCGACUGUACGAAUGAGCAAUUCCUCUCCCGCGGGCGACGCCGAAACAGACAAUGAAGAAGCCAAAUCGGCAAAUGCUCAAUUGAUCGCGGAUCUCAAAGAGCAGGUUGAUCGUGCCGAACAAGCCUCGGAGCAAUACAGAAGACAGUUGGAGGUCAUGCAACAACGUCUUGAUGAGGUAGCGGCGGAGCAGACAACUGCCGAAGAGCGCGAUUACCAGCGCCAAACGGACCUCGACCGUCUGAAAGCACAGAUCAAAGACUCUGAAAGACAAUACCGAGAGCUGGAGGUGACAUAUAAUGAAGAUAAAGAUACAUUCUUGCAAGAGCGAGGAAGGCAAGCCCGCAGAGAAGCAGAACUCCAGUCUGUCAUCAGCAGGUUGAAUGAGACACUGCGUACUCGGAGCGCAGACAAACUGACCGCGAGUCGCUUGGGUUCGAGACAUGCCGACUCGGACGACCAAGAUAUUAUUGCGCCAAUGCCAGGUGAAAAUGUCGGUACCCUCAGUGGUGACAACUCAAGCCAGGAUUUGAAUCGCAUCCUGGAAGAAAAAGACGGGGCGAUUGAAGCCCUCCAAUUUGACCUCGCGGAAGCACAACUGAGGCUGGCCGAUCAAGAGCACAUGGGUGACGGUCGCCUUCAAGCCAUGGAGAAGGCCAUCAUGGAGAUUAAGAUGCAAAACGCACGACUUGUGGAAGAGAAUGAAAGUUUCCAGAUGCUUCUGACCGAGAAGACGCUAAAAGGAGACUUUUUGCACGGCCAACAUGCUCAAGAAGAUAUCAGUGGUCUGAGUAGUCUCGCAGAAGAACUUGAGUCUUCCGGAGAGGCUACCGAAGGACAGACCGACUCAUACAGAAAACUUGAGGCGGAGUACAAGGCUCUGCAUGAGGAAAAGAAUGCCCUCAAGUUGUACAUCGACAAGAUCAUCGGUCGCAUGCUCAUCCAACCGGGCUUUGAGCAUAUCUUCACAGAUCAGGACGAAGCACCCACACCUCCUACAAAACCCGCUACAGUGGAAAAGGCACUUCCUGCCGUGCCAGACCAGCAAACAUCAGAUUUUGCUGCAGCAAACCCAUCAGUGGGUGUGACCGGAUUCCUGCAGCGAGCUCGGUCGGUAGUGUCACGACCCGGUGGGGGUAAAGCGCGGCCAAUGUCGUACGCACAACCGUCCGGACAUACACCACCACCUCCUUCAGCAAAUGAGAAUCCCGUGACCGCGCCGAGAAUACCGAUCAAUCGAGAGCGAGGACACCGUCGGGCAAGAUCUGAUCAAGCCCAGACCGACAUGGCGGCGGCUGCAGUUGUCCAUCAAAUGAAUCGGGCGUCAACCUUUCGCACUACCUCUGGAGGGCCACUGAGUCCAGGCCUCCGACCACUCAGUCCUCAACUGGGACAAAGACGUGGUUCAGGCUACUUUCCACCGCGUACGCCGUCCGCUGGUAGACGUGAUGGUAGUUCCGCCAAUAGCGUGACCAGUGAGCACAGCGACGAGCAGAAGUCGAACACGGAUGGAAGCUCCGUUGCGCCUGUGACGGCCGCGACGCCUCAGAAUCAGGCGAAUAUCCCUGGGGCAGUGAUGAAGCAGAGCCAGUUGCGUCCACUACGUCUCGUACAAAAGCAGGACGAGGAGGAGGAGAUGAUGAAGCGGGCGCACCGGGGAAGUUGGAUGGGCUGGUUGCGAGGGAGCACAAUCGAGGCUCAAAACGAAUAGAUUCUGGUUCACAGGUGAUACCCAUUAUGCUGGAAGCCCGUACAUCGUUAACUGUACGGAAUUUGGACAAGAUAGACAGAUACAUUGCGAAGAAGCUUAU